AUGACGCUGGCACUGACGAUGCUUCUGCUGCUGCCGGUGAUGCUGCUGCUGGCAAUGCGGCCAGGACCGGGCGGUGAUGCGGCAGGGCAGGCGGUGCAAGGCGGUGACGGUCGACUGCUGGCGGCACCGCCGACGCUCUCGCACAUGUCCGAAGUACCUAUCUUUUUUUUGCUUGCAAAAACUGGCAAUGCCGGCUAUAAUUCGCCCUGCCCGACCAGCCGGCCCAUGUACUACAUACAUACUACCGUCCGUCUAAAAGAAAAGGUUCGCCUCUCUGCGGAGCGGAGCAUGCAGGGCACAGGAGAUGGGUUUCGUCGCUGGACGUCCGUAACGUCCUCGUCGGCGCGAUUGGAGAGGGAGGGCGAUCAAGUGAAGCAUGGUGAGGAGCAUUACGCAAGUGCCCGGCAUGUCCGAUAUGGACCAACACCCGACGCUCAUGCUCAUGCUCAUGCUCAUGCUCAUGCUCAUGCUCAUGCUCAUGCUCAUGCUCAUGCUCACGCAUUUUCAGCUCGACAGGGUUCUGCCAAGCUAGCCGCCCCACUGAGUCGACCACAACCGGCUUUCUCCUUCCGAGCCCCCACGACUCAUCCAUUGCCUGUCCCUCGUCCCUCACCCAGGGCCUGUCCUCGCACCCACCUACGCACAACAUGACGCUCACGAUGCAGAAUCGUCAUAUCCUAUGACUGUUGAUGCAAACAUUUCCUCCAUCCGGCCGCGUUUCGCUACACGCUGGCAGGGCACCGCCCGCCAUGGGCUCCAUCCAUGUAGCUAUCGUGACAGAGCCCGAUGACUCACUCAUGGCAAGCAAACCUGCACUUGCAACAAGAAAAAUAAUCUAGCCCGUCUUGUUUUGACCGCACUUGCGCGGCGCUGCCCUCUCAUCUCGAGCGCUACCAAACUUCUCCUACCCCAAAUCCUUUCCCGCGCUGCAACCUUGUAUCUCUAGUCCAAUACCCCCCAGCUUUCCCCUUGUCCAUCCUCAAGUCGUGGUGGGCAGUAAUGCAGGUGCACCGCAAGCCAUUGUGACUGCCAACCCAACGGUCUCUCUCUAGAGACGGGUUGCUAUCACC